AUGACUCUAAGCCUGUUUAUCCUCUUCCUCAUCGUCACCCCACUCUUUGCACUUCCCACCAUUGAAUCCUACACCCCCAUCCACCCCAUGGCUGAACUUGACCCAAAUAUCGUAUCCCCUCCGCACACCCCGAUCCACCCUAUGGCUGAACCUGCCCCAAAGAUCGUACCUCCGUACACCCCGAUCCACCCCAUGGCUGAACCAGCCCCAAAGAAGGUAUCCCCUCCGCACACCCCCAUCCAUCCCAUGGCUGAACCAGCCCCAAAGAUGGUAUCCCCUCCUCACACUCCUAUGCACCCCGCCGUUGAUAUGCUGCCGCCCAGCCUUUGA